CAGCCUCUCUGCCAAUAGUGAUGCGUGCUGCUGUUGCCGUGCUGUCUGCUUUGAACGACCGACUGAUCGGAUAACGACCCAGACGUUUGCAGACGUAAGCCUAAGCCUUUGGUACGUGGAAGCAAUCCCCCGGUCUGAAAAAUGGUGGUUGCAGAGAACAAACCUGAUGCUGAGACUGUUGAGGGGAAGUCCAAGAAACAGCUGAAGAAGGAGCAAAAGGAUGCCGAAAAGGCUGCCAAGAAAGAUGCACACAAGGCAGCUAGAGGUGCUGCUACUGAGGAGGCUGAAGAGAGUGGACCUGAUGUAUCUGCUGGAAAGUAUGGUUCUCUUGGUAUGAUUCAGAGCAGUAGCGACCCUGAACUCCUUGCUAGAGAAUUUGUUCACGUGCGUGAUCUUGAUGAGAAAAAGGCCGACCAAUCAAUUUGGGUACGAGGUCGCUUGCACACCAGCAGGGCAAAAGGAAAGCAGUGUUUCAUUGUUGUGAGACAACAGGAGUUUACUGUCCAGGGUCUUCUUGCUGUGAAUGACACUAUUAGCAAACAGUUUGUCAAGUUUGCUUCCAAUGUAUCUAAAGAAAGCAUCAUUGAUGUGCAAGCAAAGGUGUCCAAGGUCCCAAAGAAAAUUGAGUCAUGUACCCAGAAGGAUGUUGAGCUUCAUAUUCAACAGAUUUGGGUUGUAAGUGCCGCAAAGAACCAGUUGCCACUUCUCAUUGAAGACGCUUCCCGCCCCGAGAAGAAAGAGGAAGAGGAGACUGAAGGCCUCAGCAUUCGUGUGAACCAGGACACUCGUCUGGAUAACAGAGUUCUUGAUCUGCGGACACCUGCUAAUCAAGCAAUUUUCAGAAUAGAAGCUGGUGUUUGCCAACUGUUCCGUGACAUCCUCACAAAGAAGGGCUUUGUCGAGAUCCACACACCUAAAAUUAUUUCUGCUGCUAGUGAAGGUGGUGCCAACGUAUUCACUGUUUCCUACUUCAAAGGAUCUGCUUAUUUGGCGCAGAGUCCCCAGUUGUAUAAACAAAUGGCUAUUGCUGCUGACUUUGACAAGGUUUUCACUGUUGGAGCUGUUUUCAGAGCUGAAGACAGUAACACACAUCGUCACUUGACUGAGUUCGUUGGACUUGAUCUUGAAAUGGCAAUCAAGUACCAUUAUCAUGAAGUCCUAGACACUAUUGGCAGCACUUUUACUGAGAUGUUCCGCGGUUUGCGUGACAACUUUGCCACUGAAAUUGCCACUGUCAAUCAGCAGUUUGCAGUGGAGCCGUUCCAAUUCUUGGAUCCUCCACUAAAGCUUGAGUUCCCCCAGGCUAUUGCCAUGCUGCGUGAAGCUGGUGUCACAGUUGGUGAUGAAGAUGAUCUCAGCACUCCUGACGAGAAACUUUUGGGACGACUUGUCAAGGCUAAGUACAACACUGACUUCUACAUGUUGGACAAAUAUCCUCUGGCUGUAAGACCAUUCUACACCAUGCCUGAUCCUAACAACAAGAAAGCAUCAAACUCUUAUGACAUGUUCAUGAGAGGAGAAGAAAUUUUAUCUGGUGCUCAGCGUAUUCAUGAUCCUGACUUCCUUACUGAGCGUGCAAAGCAUCAUGGUGUUGACAUUGACAAAAUUAAGUCUUACAUUGAUGCAUUCAGAUUUGGAUGCCCACCUCACGCUGGUGGUGGCAUUGGUAUGGAGCGUGUUGUUAUGCUCUAUCUUGGCCUGGACAAUAUCAGGAAAACAUCCAUGUUCCCUCGUGACCCAAAGAGAAUCACCCCUUAAAUAUUGUGUCAUUGACUGACAGAUGUGUGCCUUGAUCAAAGACUGACCCAGUAUAUUUUACUUAACCAACCUGUAUCUUGAAUGAAUAUUGGUGCUUGCUUGUCAAAUGAAAUUACAGUACCUUCAACAAAUUUUAAAAAUACUGCAUAAAAAUAUUUAAAUUGCUUCUAUGUUACAUAUACUGUAAAAUGCUUUUCUAGGAGUAUAGUACGCUUACUUGUGCAUUAUAUUGUAUAGCACUUAUGUGAACAAUGUCACCCUGAUAUCUUGUGUAUAAAUUCUGAAAUAGAUAGGCAUUACUAGUA